AUGUCUGGUGGCAGGCGACUUCAACGCGAAACACUACUCCUGGCAGACUGGGAGGCCGAAACAUUACUCCUGGCAGACUGGGAGGCUGGCGGGCCGCGGGGACGACAUCGCCGCUUGGGCGGCCGAGAGCGGUCUUGGCCUCUUGAAUACCGCUGA